CCCCGCUCGCUUGUGCUCUGUCGAAAUAACUUGAAAAAAAGAGAAAACUUUGGAUUAGUUCUCCGCCUCAGUUUGCGUCGUUGAAACUUGGAUACCGUGUAUCGCUUGUCUGUAAACUUAAAAGGGACGAAAAGCGGUUUAAAAAGUUCAUAUAUAUAAAAAAAUAAAGUAUAUAAGAGGCAUAUUCAUAUAUGGCUGCUGGGGAUGGUGCCCAGCUGCCGGCGACGAUAGCGGCCAGCCGGAGCGUGGAGAAGGCGCUCGAGGAGGCUGCCUCGAGCGGGGCGCUCAACCUGUCCAACCGAAAACUGAAGGAGUUUCCGCGCAGCGCCAGGAACUAUGACCUGUCCGACAUCACACACGCAGACCUGUCAAAGAACCGUCUGUGUGAGCUGCCAGAGGAGCUAUGUCAGUUCAUCUCCCUGGAGACCCUCAGUCUGUACCACAACUGUGUCCGCUCCAUCACCCCCAGCAUCUGCCACCUGCAGGCCCUCACCUACCUCAACCUCAGUCGUAACCAGCUGUCCAGCCUGCCCCUCUCUGUGUGUCAGCUCCCCCUGUUACGCGUCCUCAUCAUCAGCAACAACAAGCUGUCGGUCCUGCCAGCCUCCAUACACGCCCUCACACACCUCCGGCAGCUGGAUGUGAGCUGCAAUGAGCUGCAGUGUCUGCCGGUGGAGAUCGGGCAGCUGGAGUCUCUGCGGGACCUAAACCUGAGGAGGAACCAGCUCAGCACUCUGCCCGAGGAGCUCUCAGAGUUGCCAUUGGUUCGUCUGGAUGUGUCUUGUAACCGCGUCUCCAGGGUCCCUGUCUGUUACCGUCAUCUCCGCCACCUCCAGACCAUCGCCCUCGACAACAACCCUCUGCAGUCUCCCCCAGCACAGAUCUGUUCUAAAGGAAAGUUCCACAUCUUCAAGUUCCUGAACAUCGAGGCCUGCAAGACAACACAGGAGGAGCUGGAGAGAGCGCUGAGACCCACAGGGUUCAACACUUGCCUGUCGGAUCAGGAGCUGUACUCGGGCCGGCAGUAUGGCGGGCUGGACUCUGGCUUCAACAGCGUGGACAGCGGCAGCAAGCGGUGGUCAGGGAACGAGUCUGCGGAUGACUUCUCGGAGCUGUCCCUGCGGAUGGCUGAGCUCUCCCGCGAGCAGAGGAACCUUCAGGAGGAAGGGGAGAAGGACCCGCAGCCUGGCAGAGUCUCAGUUGUAAACGGAGAAGUGGAACAGGUGGAUUUCAUCGACAGCAGUGUUACAGAGGAAGAAGAGGAAAGCAGACGACAACCCCCCAGACUUCCAUCCACAUCGCCCCCACAGGACAAAAAAGAGUGCACUGCCCUGUCCCACAGCCCAGACUCAUCACCGAACAGCAGAUCCAGCGUGGGCGGAGAGGGUGGGGACACAGUGACCUCCCCUCCCCCGUCCAGCCCAACCCUGGAGGAGCGGCGCCGGCCCGGCAACCUGCAGAUCUGGCAGGAGAGGGAGAGAGCGCAGCGGGAGAGAGAGAGAGGACGAGACACAGCUUUACCGAAGUCAGCAGUGAAAACAGGAAGUCAUGCGGCGACGGCAUCACAGACAGGAAGUACCACAGGUGCUGGAUCCUCAGACAGCAGCCCCUCUCUGAACGGCUUGCGGCAGAGAUGCCCGAGUGCAGACCAGAUGUCCACAUCCACCCACCCGCCUGCCCCCCAGCGCUCCAACAGCAGAACAGACGCGCCCCCGUCCCCGAAGCCGUCCUCCCCCCCGGGGGUUGCACAGAAACCCAGCAGCUUCCUGUUCCGCGCCUCCUCACGCUGCAACGUCAAGACCUCAGGCUCUGUGCACUGUCUGGUGGAAACAGGCCGCAGCGAGUCCCGGCCCUCCCUGCGCUCUCCACGAGAGGAGAGACAGGACAUCUUACAGCUGCGCAAGACUCUGGAGACACGCCUGAAGGUGACUUUGCCAGAAGACCUGGGUGAUGCACUGUCCAAUGGCACGAUCCUCUGUCAGUUGGCCAAUCACGUGCGGCCACGCUCCGUGUCAAUCAUCCACAUCCCCUCCCCGGCAGUGCCAAAGCUGAGUGCCGCCAAGUGCCGCCUCAACGUGGAGAACUUCCUCGCUGCCUGCCGCAAGCUGGGGGUGCCGGAGGAUGCUUUGUGUGCUCCCCAGCAGAUCCUGGAGGACGAGGGCUUGACUCGGAUCGCCCAAACCGUCCAGUCCCUGUUGGAGCUCCCCCUGUCAGGACCCCGACGCUCCUCCCGUCAGGACUCCCAAGGGCUGCCCCUCCAGGCGCCCGAUCAGAACCCCAACAGCCCUCCGUAGCACUUACUGCCAGGUUCCGGGUGCGCCAGGUUAUCCGUGUGUGAGAUUGUAAUGUCGAGGAGUUUGUAAUGUCAGGGUUACUCCGUACGUUUACAGUUCCUACCACAGGGAACCUGUCGGACUCUACGCAGGUGAGACUCCAGGCAGAUUCAGCAGCGACUGCACACUUCCAAUUACACACAUUCUCAUGCGAUUAUCAUGAAUAGGCACAUUUUUUCAAGGAAACCGAUGUUGUAAAUACAUGUAGAUGCAUAUGUUCAGCAGCGGCUGUAGAGCUUUGUUGUUUGCCUGUCUUUUGUGAGGCCGAGUGCCUCAACUCCAGAGACUGAUGUGGGGUCACUCAGAGGGGUCAUCGCUGCCUUUCAUAUGCCCGACACUGUAAUCAUGAAAUUGACGACAAUAAAAGAAGGGGACUGAUAAAUACUUAUAUUAACAAAGCAUGAGUGCAUUUUUAUUUGUUUUUAUUUAUUUUAUUUAUUAUUAUUUUUUUUUUGGUCAUGCAAGAAUUUAUCUCCAUCAUCUUUGGUGUUCCACUCUAGCAGUGUGAGUGAGGAGGUUUUAUAAAGUCUAAUUUUAUUUUUGCUAGUUGUCACACGAAGGAUAAUUUUUCAAAUCAAGGUGAUAAAAUGGGAAAGGAGGCUUGUAGGGAAUAAUAAGAGCAUAUGGACAUGUUUCCCUUUUCUCCCUUGUCAUUAAUUGGUCAUCAGAUUGGUUAGGACAAUCACACGGGACAUCAGGGAUGAUCAGAGCCUAGUUGUUAAUUUUGAGUUAAUGAUGAAACCAGCCAAAGGUUGUGUAGUAUUUUCUUUUUAAUUGCUGUUUUGUUAGUACAUUUUAUCAUCACAUUAACAAAAUGUCAAGUAUUUACAAUAAGGAACAAGUAACAAUUUAUAAAUUCUGAUUUUUGUUUUUUGUGAGUAUCUUUAAAAAAUAUAUUGUCAUCACCCACCUUAAUCACAGUGCUCAAUAACAAACGUUCUCUGCAGCCAUUUUAACAAUCGGAUGUUCACAUUUAUUCAGUUCUGUUUUAUCUUGUAGUGUAUUUCUUCACCAUCAGAAAUUAAAAUGCUCUUCCAGGUAAUAUAAUGACCAAUUCGGCUUGUUAAUCAGAAGGCAAUCUUUCCAGGUCCUAAUUGAAUUAAAUUUUAAAUGGAUUCACUGCAAAUCUGCAGAUCUCUGGGACCAGGAUAUCAGAUAUAACUUAAGAGAAACAGCUUAGUGAAACAUGGCUUCAGUAUACAUAUUAACAGUUUUAUUUAAAAAUAAAACGCUACAUAAAAUCUAAAGAAACUGGUUAGCCCUUUAGCGUUUGCGCCCUCUUAGCUACACACCUGUCUACAU